AUGGCCGGAUCUGAAGAUGGCCACCACAUCGAAAUUGUCUCAGAUGACAGUGCAUGGGCUGGAGUAGAGGACAAUGCUGAAGAUCCUGAAGAGGUUCGAGUCAUAUUCAGCGCCUUGGAUUCAUUCUUCCAAUACGCAAAGGUAUCUCACUUCAACGUCACACACCUUCGUCGUCAAGCCUUCUAUGCUCUUCCUCAAGAACAAUGGAAACUCUUGGCUGCACCUCCGUUCAACUUCCUAGACACUCUAGAGAAGACUGAUGAUGCAAUUGAUGAAAAUGCUGAGCUGGCUCGUACCAUUGCUUGUGUUGGCCUACAGUCAUUUCGAAUGAUGACAACAGAUCCCGAAGACCCAGAACCCAAGAUGCCUCAAGAAUGGGCCGGCGUCGCCAAACACUCUGAUGUUGAUAAGGCGAGGAGUACUAUUCGUCAGUUCUACAGAGAUUGGACCGAGGCGGGAGCUGCAGAGAGAGAAGCUAGCUAUGGCCCCGUCAUGAAAGCUCUUGCGGCAGAAAAGGAGAGAUAUCCGGAUGGAUCUCCUCUAAGCGUAUUGGUUCCAGGCGCAGGUCUAGGAAGAUUGGUGUUUGAUCUGGUUGCGAAUGGGUAUACCGCUGAAGGCAACGAAAUCUCGUAUCACCAACUCCUUGCUUCAUCAUAUAUUCUCAACUAUUGUCCUGCGGCCGAACAGCAUACUAUUUACCCCUGGGUCCAUAGUUUCUCCAACCACCUCACCAGAGCGAACCACCUCAGAAGCUAUCGCGUUCCGGACAUCCAUCCAGCCUCCGUUCUAGCUGCCACAACUAAUGUUGGAGAAAUGUCCAUGUGCGCCGCCGACUUUCUCUGCCUCUACUCUAAUGAAGACCAUGAAGCACAGUAUGACGCUGUGGCAAGUGUCUUCUUCCUCGACACAGCGCCCAAUCUGAUUCGGUACCUGGAGGUCAUACGGCACUGUCUUCGGCCUGGGGGUGUUCUCAUCAACGUGGGGCCGUUAUUGUGGCAUUUCGAGAACAAUGCGCCUGGUACUCAUGGACAAGAUGGUGAAGCAGAGCAUGACCCAAAGAGUUCAUCGGGCAUUGCUGAUCCAGGAAGUUUUGAGCUGGCCGGCGACGAAGUCAUUGCACUGUUGGAGAAGAUGGGAUUUGUUGUUGAAUGGCACAAGACCGGUGUCCAUGCCCCGUAUAUUCAUGAUCCUGAUAGUCUUUUGCAGUCAACGUAUAGAGCAAGUACUUGGAUGGCUCGAAAGCCAUUGGAGCAAGGGAGUUCAUGA